ACAUGAAUAAUGUGCACUAGCCUUUAUAGAUGAUUUUUUUUGCUGUGCCAAGUGAAUUGGACGUUGCCUAUUAGCCGCCCACCUUUUUCUUACAUGGUCUUGCCUUUUUAUAUUUGCCAUAGCUUCUUGUAUAUUUCUUCUUCUCGAAGUAGUAUAGACUUAUGUGAGUGGUCGUAGCAGCUCAGGUCUUGUUUAUACAUAUAUACCAUUAAUGCCAAUGGAGAAGUAUCAAAUAUUCCUUCCUGUUUCUGGCCCAUCAAGUCCUUCAGUUUCACCAUCAUCACUAAACAUGGCAAAUCCUCUAAUCUAUUUUCACGGUGACAGUGAAAAUGGGGUCAAGCCAGAAAGUAGGUUUCAACAUUUGGAUGCUAAAAGCAGUGUUUCUCAGACUAGUAGAAUCUGUAACGGUUCUGAGUUUAAGGUGAAACCAGGAAAGAGAGGAGGGGAUAGUGAUGAUUUUAGGAAGCAUAGAUAUGCAUUUCAAACUCGAAGCCAAGUUGAUAUACUUGAUGAUGGGUAUAGAUGGAGGAAAUAUGGGCAAAAGACUGUCAAGAGCAGCAAGUUUCCAAGAAGCUACUACAGGUGUACAAGUACUGGGUGCAAUGUCAAGAAGCAAGUCCAACGCAAUUCUAAAGAUGAAGGGAUUGUUGUGACCACCUAUGAAGGGAUGCAUAACCAUCCAACUGAGAGGUCCUCUGAAAACUUUGAGGACAUCCUGAGGCAGAUCCAAACUUAUACUCCUUUCUAAAUUAUGCUGCAACUUUUUCCUUAAUGCUUGGAUUGCACAUAAACUACUGUAAUUCUGAAUUGGGGAUGGAAAAUAAAUAAUCUUCAACAGAAGAUAACAUUGGAAGCCACUUUCCUUCUAGCUAUGGAGUAGUUCUGAUGAUGCUGGACAGAUUUGGCAGAUUCAUUAUAUCGAGUAGCCAUACAAUGUUUAGAAUUGGCAUAUAAUUACCUCUGCAAUUCUGAAGACUCCUUACUUUAGCUCUUCUGAUUCACAAUUCUUGGUCAAAAGCAGGAGCAAAAUUGGAUGCUAAGAAGGUUGGAUGAAAGAGUAUCAUUAUUGAAGUUUUGGUCAAAUUUGUAAAUGCAAAUGGUUGGAUAACCUAUUUCUAUUUAAAAUCUGGGAUUGGGAUUGGAUUCA